AUGUCAAUUUUAAUGCUAGAUAUAAAAUAAGUUAAGGACGCAUAAAAAAUCAUUGAUCAUCUUAAGUCAUACAAUAAAGAUUGGAGAAAAUUAUAAGAAGACAUUAAAAAGGAAAUUUUCAAUUAAAUAUAGAUUGAAUGUCAAUAGGAAAGAUAAUAAGUAUAAUGGAAUCCAUUAGACUUGAUGAAGUUGAAAAAUAAGUUAUCAUAAUCAUUUAAAAACAAUGAGGAAAUUAAUUUUCUUCUUUAACAUAUAUAAAAAAAGUAAAGCUAAGAAAUUCUAAAUUAGAUUUUAUGUUCUGAAUUUAAUUCACUUAGUGAAUGUUUAUAAUUAAUUUCAAAAAUUACAAAUAAAAAAUAACCUUUUUAAACUAAAGGGAUAUUACAAAUGGAUGAAAUUAAAAUAGAUAUAUCUAUUAAGGAGAAUUAAUAAAUAAAAGAUUUGUUUUCUAAAUUUCAAUCCUUAAACAAAAGAAGUAACGAUCAAAUCAAUUAAUAACUUGAAUAAUUAUACAAUUCCUUAGAAUAACAACAAUAAAAUUUUUAAGUUUCUGAUUUUAAUUCAUCUCCGUAAUUGGAAUAUGAAGAUCUAUUAUACUUGUGUAAAAAUGUAAAUCAGCAUUUCUCUUAUUAUCCAAGACCUGUUUAAUUAUUAUCUGUUAUAGAAUUAUAUAAUCAUUAAGAUAAAAAGGGUCGUUUAGCAUAGAUAAAUACGGGGGAAGGAAAAACUCUAAUUGUAGCAAUGCUAGCCAUUCUAUUGUGUAAAAAGAAAAAAUUAAAUGUCGACAUUGUAACUAGCUCUCCAGUCUUGGCGAUUAGGGAUGCUAAAGAUUUAGCUCCAUUUUAUCAAUUAUUUUCAGUAUCGGUAGCUCAUAAUAUAAAUGAGUAACCAAGCAACUUAGAAGAGAUGCUUCCAUGUUAUAAAUCUCAAGUCAUAUAUGGAGAUCCUCAUAGUUUCCAAGCUGAUAUACUUAGACAUAAAUAUUCAGAAUUAGGAACGAUGGGAGACAGACAAUAAGGGUAUAUCAUAAUAGAUGAAGUUGAUGCUAUGCUUAUUGAUGGAAAUAGCCAUAAGACUUUAUUAAGCACACCAAUUCCAGGAAUGCUUGACUUAACCAAAAUACUUAGAUUGAUUUGGGAUGAAAUUUGUAAAUCAGAGCCAAAUCUAUCAACAGAUAGAAAAGUUAUGAUAAUAGACGGAAAAGAUUAUUAUUGUAUUGAUUUAAUAGAUUAUGUUUAAAAAGCUUUGGAUAUUUAAAUAAAGGAAGCCUUAUAAAAUUAAAUACCUGCCUUUCGAUUAAAUUAUAUCAACUUUAUGAAGAAAUGUUGGAUUGAAAAUGCUGUAAUGGCUAAAUAUGAUUACUACGAAAAUUAAAAUUAUCUUAUUGAUAAUAACAAUGUUCGAAUUAUUGAUUAUUAAAAUACAGGAGUUGUCCAUAAGAAUAAUACAUAAUGGUAGAAAGGAUUACAUUAAUUUAUUUAAUUGAAACAUGGUCUUUCUAUUACUCCAUUAAGAAUUAGCACUAAGUUAUUGUCUAAUGUUGGUUUCUUUAACAGAUAUAAGCAUUAACUUUUAGGUCUAACAGGUACAUUGGGAUCCUAAAUCACACAAAAUUUAUUAGCCAAAAAAUACAAUGUUGACUUUGUUUUCAUGCCUCCUUAUAAAUAAAGUCUCUUGAAAGUAGAGCCAGGAAUAGCAGCCUUAGGAGAGAAUGAAUGGCUUGAAGAAAUAUCAAAAGGAGUAUUGUAAUAGUUGGAGAAAAAAAGAGCUGUACUAAUUAUAAAUAGAACUAUUGAAGAUGUUCAUAAAAUUGAAGGUUAUUUAAAAAAUUACAAUAUUAAAUCUACCACUUAUGUUGACGAUAACUAAUAAAUAUCAAAAGAAAUUGGUCCAAAUCAAAUUAUUAUUGCUACAAAUUUGGCUGGAAGAGGAACAGAUUUGACUGCUAAUAAAGAAUUGGAAACUAAUGGAGGUCUGCAUGUCAUUAUGUCUUUUUUGCCUCGUAAUGUUAGAAUUUAACUUUAAGGGUUUGGUAGAGCUGGAAGAUAAGGCUAAUAGGGUACAGCCUAACUUAUAGUAAAUUUCUAAACAAAUCUAUAUCUGGGAACAUUAAAUUAAAUUAAAACACCAGAAGAUGCAAUAAGUUAUUAUAAAAAUAACUAAAAGCAAUAAAAUUAUACUUACUUAGAUGUUCUUAUAUUUUUUCGAGAUUUAAAUGAAUAAUAAUAUUCAAAUGAGAUAGAGGAAGAGAUGGAUAAAUUACAAAAUGAAGACAAAUGUUUUGAAAAGUUCUUCAAUAUUGCAAAGACUUAGGUAAAUAUUAAAACACAUAGAGCUGAAUAUCUAGCUUUGGAGGAAAAAUGGGGACUUUAUUUGGAACAAAAUUAAGAUAAAGGAAUAAAAGAAGAUGAAAUCGAAAGUGUUUUGAUUUCUAAAGAAGUGUAAAAUCCAAAACAUUUGAUAUAUUAGGGACUUUAAAAUGGAGAUUUAAAUAUUUUCAAAAGGGCAGCUGAAAUAGCUAUUUGCGAUCCUUAAGUGUAAUAUUUUAAAGGAUUAUUUGAAAUUUAAAAUGAAGAAAUAUAAAAUGGAAUAUAAUCAUUAGAGUAGGCAAAAUCAUUGUUUCAAAAUAAAAUUGAUGAUGAAAAAGGAUUUGCUACAGCUGCUAAAUUAAAUAGAAUUCAAGUAGAUUCGUUUUAAGAAAAGUAAUAAAUAAGCAAACCUUCAUAGACAAAUAUUUCAAUUUAAAAGGAAGAUUCACAAAUGAAAAAGUUUAACUUAAUAAAUGAUUCAAAAAAUCAAAAAAUAUCUGCAGUUUAAUUUUUGGAAUAAAGCAAAAUCUCAAAAGAUGCUGUUGAAUAGAAAAUAUAAAACCAUUUAAAAGUGUAUUAAAAAGCAAUAGAUAAUAUUGAUGAGCUUUUAAACACAUUAAAAAACUUCCAAUCUGAAAAAGAAGAGCUUAAUUUAAGUUGGUAACCAGUAAUUGCGAAAGAAGAAAAGGAGAACGCUGAAUCAGAGCAAUCUAUUAAAGAUUAGUAAGAGGUUAUUGAUGAUGGGCCUUUACCUUAGUUUGGGAAACUUACUAAGAUAAAAAAAGAAAAAAAAUGGGGUGAUUAUAUUGCAAUGUUUGCAAUAGGAUUAGGUUAAUUUGUUAUCGGGUGUGGAAUAUGUGCAUUUACUUGCGGAGUAGCUUUACCCAUUGGAAAAGCAUUGAUUACUGAAGGAAUUUCAGAUAUGAUAUAUUCAGUUACUGCAGCUUGGAAAGGAAUCGAUAUUGAUUGGGGAGCUUGGGGAAAAUAAAAAUCCAUUAAUAUUGCCACAUCAUUGGCUUUGGCAGGACAAGCUGGUAUUUAAGAAGCUCUUAAACUUGGUGGCUCAAUGAUUAAAUCCUUAAAGAAAAUUGGACUUUCUGAGUUUUUACAAUAAAUCCCUUCCAUUACAAUAGAAGGUUUGGAAAAAGCAGGAUUUUGGUUGACCAAUUAAGAAAAGAAAAAUUUAUAAAAUUAACAUGAAACUCUUUAAAAGAUUACAGAUUCUACAAAGAAUGUUGAUAAAACUCAAAUUCUCAAUGUCGCAAAUUAAAUCAUAUAAAAUUAAAAAAACUUAGGCCUUAUAUCUGAGUCAACAGCUUCUGAAAUUCUUCAGUUAAUUAAUUUAUGCUCCAAAUAGUCAUAAGGAACUGUUGAAGGAUUUAAUAAUAGUCUAGUUUAAGCUUCAUUAAAGUUUAUAAAGUUAUAGAUGGCCAAAGCUAAAUCUUAAAAAAAUGUCUAUGAAAUUAAAAAAGAUUUAGUGGAGAUUUGUUAAAGAGAAGGAAAUAAAAAGUAUGAUUAGGUAAAAAACGAUAUUUAAUAAUAUAAUUAAUUUAAGUAAGCUCUUAAUAAUGAAUUACAAAAAUUUUCCAAUAUUAUUUGGAAUUNGGUACAGCCUAACUUAUAGUAAAUUUCUAAACAAAUCUAUAUCUGGGAACAUUAAAUUAAAUUAAAACACCAGAAGAUGCAAUAAGUUAUUAUAAAAAUAACUAAAAGCAAUAAAAUUAUACUUACUUAGAUGUUCUUAUAUUUUUUCGAGAUUUAAAUGAAUAAUAAUAUUCAAAUGAGAUAGAGGAAGAGAUGGAUAAAUUACAAAAUGAAGACAAAUGUUUUGAAAAGUUCUUCAAUAUUGCAAAGACUUAGGUAAAUAUUAAAACACAUAGAGCUGAAUAUCUAGCUUUGGAGGAAAAAUGGGGACUUUAUUUGGAACAAAAUUAAGAUAAAGGAAUAAAAGAAGAUGAAAUCGAAAGUGUUUUGAUUUCUAAAGAAGUGUAAAAUCCAAAACAUUUGAUAUAUUAGGGACUUUAAAAUGGAGAUUUAAAUAUUUUCAAAAGGGCAGCUGAAAUAGCUAUUUGCGAUCCUUAAGUGUAAUAUUUUAAAGGAUUAUUUGAAAUUUAAAAUGAAGAAAUAUAAAAUGGAAUAUAAUCAUUAGAGUAGGCAAAAUCAUUGUUUCAAAAUAAAAUUGAUGAUGAAAAAGGAUUUGCUACAGCUGCUAAAUUAAAUAGAAUUCAAGUAGAUUCGUUUUAAGAAAAGUAAUAAAUAAGCAAACCUUCAUAGACAAAUAUUUCAAUUUAAAAGGAAGAUUCACAAAUGAAAAAGUUUAACUUAAUAAAUGAUUCAAAAAAUCAAAAAAUAUCUGCAGUUUAAUUUUUGGAAUAAAGCAAAAUCUCAAAAGAUGCUGUUGAAUAGAAAAUAUAAAACCAUUUAAAAGUGUAUUAAAAAGCAAUAGAUAAUAUUGAUGAGCUUUUAAACACAUUAAAAAACUUCCAAUCUGAAAAAGAAGAGCUUAAUUUAAGUUGGUAACCAGUAAUUGCGAAAGAAGAAAAGGAGAACGCUGAAUCAGAGCAAUCUAUUAAAGAUUAGUAAGAGGUUAUUGAUGAUGGGCCUUUACCUUAGUUUGGGAAACUUACUAAGAUAAAAAAAGAAAAAAAAUGGGGUGAUUAUAUUGCAAUGUUUGCAAUAGGAUUAGGUUAAUUUGUUAUCGGGUGUGGAAUAUGUGCAUUUACUUGCGGAGUAGCUUUACCCAUUGGAAAAGCAUUGAUUACUGAAGGAAUUUCAGAUAUGAUAUAUUCAGUUACUGCAGCUUGGAAAGGAAUCGAUAUUGAUUGGGGAGCUUGGGGAAAAUAAAAAUCCAUUAAUAUUGCCACAUCAUUGGCUUUGGCAGGACAAGCUGGUAUUUAAGAAGCUCUUAAACUUGGUGGCUCAAUGAUUAAAUCCUUAAAGAAAAUUGGACUUUCUGAGUUUUUACAAUAAAUCCCUUCCAUUACAAUAGAAGGUUUGGAAAAAGCAGGAUUUUGGUUGACCAAUUAAGAAAAGAAAAAUUUAUAAAAUUAACAUGAAACUCUUUAAAAGAUUACAGAUUCUACAAAGAAUGUUGAUAAAACUCAAAUUCUCAAUGUCGCAAAUUAAAUCAUAUAAAAUUAAAAAAACUUAGGCCUUAUAUCUGAGUCAACAGCUUCUGAAAUUCUUCAGUUAAUUAAUUUAUGCUCCAAAUAGUCAUAAGGAACUGUUGAAGGAUUUAAUAAUAGUCUAGUUUAAGCUUCAUUAAAGUUUAUAAAGUUAUAGAUGGCCAAAGCUAAAUCUUAAAAAAAUGUCUAUGAAAUUAAAAAAGAUUUGGUGGAGAUUUGUUAAAGAGAAGGAAAUAAAAAGUAUGAUUAGGUAAAAAACGAUAUUUAAUAAUAUAAUUAAUUUAAGUAAGCUCUUAAUAAUGAAUUACAAAAAUUUUCCAAUAUUAUUUGGAAUUAUUUUAAUCAAGAUUAAGAAGUCUAAAAAAAAAUUAUUUUUCUAGAUCUUUAUUAUGAAUUAUUCUGCGAUCAACAAUAAGUCUAAAAAAUGGUUACAAAUAAUAUGGUAUAGUCUCAUCUUCAAAAAUAUUUUAGUAUUCACAAUAAAACUGUUCAAAAUGCUUGUAAUUAAGUGUAAAUUUCAAACCCUCACUCUAUGAAUUAGUUUUAUUAAAUCGUUAUGAGACCUAGCAUUACUCAAACAUUGAAUGAUUUAAGACCUUAAAUACUAUAUACAGAACCAUUAGAAAUUGUAUUUUAAUAGGAGUAUUUGAAUAAGUUUCUCUCACUAUAAUAGUAGUCCAAAAUUAUGAAAAACGACUUAGAAAUUCAACAGAAGGAGCUUAAAUAUUAAUAAGAUUUGAUUACUCGCCGAAUCUAAAAGUCAAGUAGUGAAAUUAUGAGGAUUAAUUAGGUAUUAUAAUAAUGAUAUCAUUAGGCGAUCGACUAGUUUAAUUUCAAUUGGGAAUUAAUAGAACAAUUAUUGAAGGAUAUUAAAGAAAUAUAGAAUUUUUAAAAUUAGUAAUUUGUGAAGGAACUUAUUGGCAACAUGAAAAAUAAAGGGAUGAUCUAUGAUGAUGGGAUUUCAUUCUCUCCAAAAUUUUAACAAGAAUUUAAGAAUUUCUUAAUGAAAUAAAAUUUUAACAAGAGGAUGAAAGAUAUUACCCAAUAAGCUAUGGAAAGCAGCUUAAAUUUAAUUUCUAAAAUAAAUUAAACAUCAAAUAAAACACUGAAAAAUAAAUUGUUAGAAGCAAUAGAAGUUGAAAUGAUUGAUUAGGUAAAAAAAUAAAUUUUCGACUUAAGAAUGUAAAAUGCAGAUAAAAAGAUCAUAAGUAAAUUCAAUUGA